AUGACUCUGACCAUCGAUUCACCAGGAGACUGUGAUGUUACUAUUUAUGUAUACGAACUUCAAACCAUUCAGAUCGGAGCUGUCUCUAGACUUAGAACAUCGAACUAUUUGAGAGGUAAUCAAUUAAAAAUUGAAGCAAGUGACACAUCUCAAAUGAUGUUAAAUAAUAUCACAUUUGAAGAUGUUGAAGUUCGACUGUUAAAAAGUAGUAAUGUAACACUUUCGGGUUCAACUGAACAACUCCAUGUUAUUCAGCUAGGUCAAGGAACUUUUGACUCUCGUUCCCUUUCAACCAAUCAUGCAACACUAUUCACGGAUAAUUCUGGUUUAGUUAAAAUCAAAUCCAAUAGUUAUCUUUCAUUAUCAGUCGGUAGAAUGGGCAAUGUCAUUUGGUGUUCACCUUAUGGAGAUAUUAAAACAGAACGCACAAUGAACGAAAAUUCACGUAAUAUUAUUUAUCAUUGUGAUUAA